GGGGCCGCCUUCCACUACGGCUUCAACUCCAGCUACCUGCAGAAGGUGGUGAGCUACUGGAGGAACCAGUUCGACUGGCGCAAGCAAGUGGAAGUCCUGAACAAAUACCCCCAUUUCCAAACCACCAUCGAAGGGAUCGAUAUCCAUUUUAUCCACGUGAAGCCCUCCUAUGUCCCUCACGGCCGCGCUGUUCAACCUCUGCUGAUGGUCCACGGCUGGCCUGGCUCCUUCUACGAGUUCUACAAGAUCAUCCCUCUGCUCACGAAGCCAGCUGGGGAUGACGUGGUGUUUGAGGUCAUCUGCCCAUCCAUCCCAGGCUACGGCUUCUCGGAGGCACCGCACCAGAAAGGCUUUGACACCAUAGCAGCUGCUCGGAUAUUUCAUAAGCUGAUGAACAGAUUGGGCUUCAAGGAGUACUACCUGCAGGGAGGGGACUGGGGAUCUCGUAUCACCGCAAACAUGGCCCAGAUGCUGCCACAAUCGGUGAAAGGCCUUCAUCUGAAUCUCAUCUUCCUCGGCCAACAAGGUUUGAGAAGGAUGAUCUCUGUGAUGCUCGGGGCUUACGUGCCAUGGCUCGUAGGCCUCACCAGGGAAGAUGUUCGACGCAUGUACCCUUUCCUCCAGAAGAAUUUCUAUGACCUUCUGCGGGAGUCUGGAUACUUACACAUCCAAGCCACCAAGCCAGACACCGCAGGUUGUGGACUGAAUGACUCUCCUGUGGGGCUUGCUGCGUAUAUUUUGGAGAAAUUCUCUACCUGGACAGACAAAUCCUUUCUGCAUAAAGAUGAUGGAGGCUUGGAAAGCAAAUACUCUCUCGAUGAGCUGCUGACCAACGUGAUGAUAUACUGGGUGACGUCCUCCAUCGUCUCCUCCAUGCGGUUCUACAAGGAGAACUUGUCCAAGGACCCUGGGCUGACUGCUGAUGCCAGGGCUCGAGUGCACGUUCCCACAGGGAUUGCGGCGUUCCCUCAGGAGAUAGUGCACACCCCGCGUGUCUGGGCAAAGGAGACCUUCAAGAACAUCGUCACUUACUCUUACAUGCCACGUGGAGGGCACUUUGCCGCCUUUGAGGAACCGAAGCUCCUGGCAGAAGACAUCGUGCGCUUUGUCCGGAAGGUGGAACAGCUGUGA